ACUCCAACAACCACUACUACACCAACAACCACUACUACACCAACAACCACAACGACUCCAACAACCACUACUACACCAACAACCACUACUACACCAACAACCACAACUACUCCAACAACCACUACUACACCAACAACCACUACUACUCCAACAACCACUACUACACCAACAACUACUACUACUCCAACAACCACUACUACACCAACAACCUCAACUACUCCAACAACCACUACUACACCAACAACCACAACUAAAUCAACAACCACGACUUCACCAACAACCACAACUACAACCACAACUAUUCCAACAUCCACAGCUAAUCCAACAUCCACAACUACACCAACAACCACAACAUUUCCAACGACGACCACAACUACAACAACUUCCACAACUAAACCAACCACGACAACAACAACUUCCACAACGAAACCAACAACGAGUCCGACAGCAACUUCAACCACGAUCAAAACAACAACCCCUGCUACUACAUCUACGACACCGUCGUCAAGCAGCCAAACCUUUUCCUUUCUCUCCUUGUCGCUUGUUUCAGUCAGUUUCCUGGUCAGCUUAACGAUUGGACAGCAUUAAUUCACAUACCAUUAACCGAAUCAUUGAGUUUAUGAACAACGUGUGUACUACAAAUACCUUACAAAAUUUUAGUUUCGGUGUCAAAUUUCCUAUUUUAAUUUGGGUGUAUAACAUAUUGUACUCAUGAUCGAGCAAUAAAUAAAACAUUAU